AGAGGGUGGAGCUUGUGACGCUUAGCCCGGGACUCUGGCUCCUCUUUCCUCACCCGCCUGGCCUCGGCUCCUGCGGGAAAAGUGUGGCUCAGUCUGAGGGGAACCGCACCAAUGGCUUCCGUGCUGUCCUACGAAAGCUUGGUCCACGCUGUGGCCGGAGCCGUGGGCAGCGUGACAGCAAUGACAGUGUUUUUUCCUUUGGAUACAGCUCGACUUCGACUUCAAGUUGAUGAGAAAAGAAAGUCCAAAACUACACACAUGGUGCUCCUGGAGAUCAUUAAAGAAGAAGGCCUCCUGGCCCCAUAUCGAGGAUGGUUUCCAGUUAUCUCCAGUCUCUGCUGCUCCAAUUUUGUCUAUUUCUACACUUUUAAUAGCCUCAAAACAGUCUGGGUCAAAGGUCAACAUUCUACUACUGGAAAAGAUCUGGUGGUUGGAUUUGUUGCAGGAGUGGUGAAUGUGUUGCUGACAACUCCACUCUGGGUGGUAAACACCAGACUAAAGCUGCAAGGGGCAAAAUUUAGGAAUGAAGACAUUGUACCAACCAACUACAAAGGUAUUAUUGAUGCUUUUCAACAGAUCAUUCGAGAUGAAGGAAUCUUGUCUUUAUGGAAUGGCACUUUUCCCUCCUUGCUGCUGGUUUUCAAUCCUGCCAUCCAGUUCAUGUUCUAUGAAGGUUUAAAACGGCAACUUUUAAAGAAAAGAAUGAAGCUUUCUUCUUUGGAUGUGUUCAUCAUUGGUGCAGUAGCCAAAGCAAUUGCCACCACAGUUACCUAUCCCAUGCAGACAGUCCAGUCGAUCCUGAGGUUUGGACGUCACAGACUCAACCCAGAAAACAGAACAUUGCGGAGACUCCCCAAUGUUCUCUAUCUUCUUCACCAGCGAGUGAGGAGAUUUGGAAUAAUAGGACUCUACAAAGGCCUUGAAGCCAAACUGCUGCAGACAGUCCUCACUGCUGCUCUCAUGUUCCUUGUGUAUGAGAAACUGGUGGCUGCUACCUUCACAGUUAUGGGACUGAAGAGUGUAUACAAGCACUGAGACACCUUACCCUGCAGAGUGAGGACAGGUGCUCAAGAUGGGGGUUUCUUUCUGUGCGAAAAGAAGUGAUUCUGUUUUUUACUCUUGCUCUUCCCACCGUGAAUUUUUACCCUUGUUGGUUUUAAAAGUAUUUAAGGGUAAAUAUAGAGGAUAGCCAACUGAACCUGUCACCAACUUAAUUUUUAUGAUGAUUGGUUGAAUUUUGUGGGGGAGGUUGGACUGGUGGUCAUAUGAAGAGAAAGCAUUAUUGAAAACCUAAACUUUAAAGUUUGUAGGAUUGAUUAGUUUUAAUGAACUAUUAAGAAAGAAUGGACUAUUGCUCUCAUGUGUAAUAUUUUCUAGUUAAAAUCUUUCUUAAAUUUACCAACUGUUCUCUUUCCCUAACCUCUCCCCCAGGUUCUAGAACAAAUUUUAUGCCAUGAAAUUCUCCUCAUAUGCCUUUUAUGUGUUAAUCUUGUUAUUUUCCUCACUGAAAAUAAUAUUAUGACUAUGUCAUGAGAGCAUGAUUUUAUUUUUGUUGGAUUUUUUCUGCUUAAGGAAAAGUGUCUUCUUUAGUACAUGAGCUAUUUAUUUGGGGGGAGAAAUUAAAAUUAUUAAUCCCAAAUGAUUCUCUUAUAAACUAUUUGUAAACAUCACUUAUUCGUUAGUAUUUGACAUAAUUUUAAAAUAUUUAUUUUGAAUCAACUCUUUGAUUACGAAAGGCUUGAAGUUUUAUGUUUAUCCAAACAUGCCUCAAUCAAGUCAAGCCCCAAUAAAUUGUCAGCACCUUUAUUAAGGUAUUACAUUGGAUUGACAACUACCUGGUAAAAAUCACAGAAAAGGGGGAGGGAGCAAAUAUCUUGUUUAGGCUCUGGAAUAUUAUCUCCCUUUCCAAACUCUUGGAGGAGGCUGCAUUUUUAUUUUUUUAUUUUUACAAUAAACAUCUGAUUGAGAUUA